UAACAUUCCAAUCCAGCUAUAAAAAUUGGAGUCACAAGGAAAGGAUAUAGUUCUAGAGGAUCGAAGUAAUAUUAAUUUGCAAUUACUUCAAAUACUUAAUACCUAUGAUUUUUGUCUGAAUCAUUUACCCCUUGAGCUACAUUUUAAAUGAGUCUGAAACCAGUGAAAUAUUAGGAACAUGAAAUUUAACCUCUAUUUUGUUCUGAUCCGCUUGAAGGCUGAUAUGAAAGAAGGAAACGACGAAGAAAGCAAGUAUGAGUAAGUAAAGAAUUAGAAGAAAAAUACAAUUC